CCGCGUGGACGGAGCAGGGCGACCGCGGAACCCUCGUGCGCCGGCCUGGUGAGGCAGCCGGAAGCGUUUUUUGCGCGGACGCGAGGGCGGCCACCCGCAGCCUGGCAGCAGAGGCGCCUCCGUCCGGCCAUGGCGGUGGACAUCACGCUGCUCUUCAAGGCCAGCGUGAAGACGGUGAAGACGCGCAACAAGGCCUUGGGGGUCCCGCUGGGGGGCGGCGGCAGCAGCGACGACCUACUCCUGAAGCGGGCGAGCAACGCCCGGCCCAAGAGCGACUUUUCCGGCCGCGCCCGCGAAGUGGUCAAUAACAUUGGAAAACUGAAAGAUUUUCUUCUGCAACACAGGAAAGAUUACAUUAAUGCCUACAGCCAUGUCAUGUCCGAAUAUGCACGGAUGACGGACACAGAGCGGGAUAAGAUUGAUCAAGAUGCCCAGAUAUUCAUGAGAACGUGUGCUGAUGCCAUUCAGCAACUCCGGACAGAAGCUCAUAAGGACAUCCAUUCCCCACAAGUGAAGCAGCACAGAGAAGCAGUCUUGGAUUUCAUCGAAGACUAUUUAAAAAGGGUAUGUAAGCUGUAUUCUGAACAAAGAGCUAUCCGGGUCAAACGAGUCGUUGACAAGAAAAGAUUAUCCAGGCUCGAGCCUGAGCCAAGCAAUAAAGACAAAGUAACCUCUCCUCUCGAACGGACUGCUCAGACGGCUUCUGAGGAACCUGAGGACAGACUCCUCUGCGAAGAAAGCAAAGAUAAGAACGUGAUAGAAGACCAUGCUAAUUUUGGCCUUUGGGGAGAUGGCAAAGGUGAAGAUGAGCUUUCUCCUGAAGAAAUCCAAAUGUUUGAGCAAGAAAACCAGCGCCUGGUUGGGGAAAUGAACAGCCUGUUUGACGAAGUCAGACAAAUUGAAGGCAAGGUGGUUGAAAUAUCUCGACUUCAAGAGAUAUUCACAGAAAAUGUCUUGAAACAGGAAGUUGAAAUUGACAAUAUCCAUCAGUUAGUUGUGGGUGCAACAGAGAACAUCAAGGAAGGCAAUGAAGACAUACGAGAGGCCAUCAAGAAUAACGCUGGAUUUCGUGUGUGGAUUCUCUUCUUCCUUGUGAUGUGUUCCUUUUCUUUGCUGUUCUUGGACUGGUACGGCAGCUAACCCAGGCAUAUUUACUGCCCUUGUGUACCGCAACUGAAGUCUGCUGAGGCCCCCUUCGACUGACCACUGGCCAAAGAAAUUUUCUUUGCAAACCAAGAUAUCCUGUACUUCAUGCGUCAUUGUGGUGGAAAGAUAUUGUCAGAGGCAUGUGUUUUUGUACACGCUCACGUGGAAUAAUUUGGUCGCGUUCGUUUUUACACUACUCAGGAAUGUGCUGAAACGAAAUACCACCUUUAAAAAGUUCAACCGUGUGACUGAGCUAGCAGACUGAAGCUGAGCAACCAGCCGGAGAUUCUCAUCCAGUGCAAUGGCAGUUCCUGCAAAAACUUGUUUCCUUGUUCAGCUGUGAAGACGAUUCGAGGGUUUGCAACGGAAAAUGUUGGCAAAGUGUAAACAGAAAUCACUUCCCCCAACAUUCUCGUAAAGCUGCUUUUAAUUCCACAGUCCCCCACUCAAUUAAAAAAAUUACACAG